AUGCCGUACAGGGUCGCCAGACGCGCGCUGUCGUUAGUCUCAUAUGUUCCCCCUCGUCAGCCGCUCUUUCCCACGUCAUACCGCUUUCCUCGUCGCCCGCAAUUUCCCUCAUCUCCCUCGCCGACCCUCGUCGCCCUCGCCUCUGCUUGUCGCCCGCGCUUCCCGUCGUCGCCCUUGCUUCCCCGUCACCUGUGCUUCUUGUCGUUGCCCUUGCUUCCUUGUCACCCGUGCUUCCCGUCGUCGCCCUUGCUCUCCCGUCACCCGCGCUUCCCGUCGUCGCCCUUGCUUCCCCGUCACCCGCGCUUCUUCUCAUCUCUCGCUCUCCUCCUUAACGGACCGAAUGAGAGACACAGAGGGGAUAUGACACAAGGCCACCCGUUCUCCCACCAGCCCUGCUUCCCCCUUUGCCCUGAUUCCUUCCACCCUCUGCCCUGCUCCCCCCCAUCCCCUUCCCUGCUCCCCCCCACCCUCUGCCCUGCUUCCCCUCAUCCCAUUCCCUGCUUCUCCCCACCCCCUGCCCUGCUUCUUCCCAUCCCCUUCCCUGCUUCCCCCCAUCCCCUUCCCUGCUUCUUCCCAUCCCCUUCCCUGCUUCCCCCCACCCCCUUCCCUGCUUCCCCCCAUCCCGUUCCCUGCUUCCCCCCGUCCCCUUCCGUGUCUCCGUGUUACACGUUUCCUUGUCCCUUUUCCCUGUGUCUCCCCACCCUCUGUUCUUAUUCCUUCACCCUCGCACACCUUCCCGCCUGCCGACCUUACCGCUUGCCCACCUUACCACCUUCCCUUCUCAUCCGCGCGCAGGUGUGCCCGGAAGGUGCACGUGCUGCCUUGUGCCUGCCGCUUGCUGUCCACGCCUUCCAUCCCACCUCUCCCAAACCACGUCUUUUUCUAUACGUGGAUCUCAGGGAUAUUCUGUUCGGCGUGCACCUUGGGUUCCAGGAAAUCAUGUCUCUGCUGCAGAACUUGCUGCCCAUGAGGGGCGGAUGUGAGGAGGAGAGAACGGGGUGUGUGAGAGAUGCUCUGGUGUGUGGCGGCGUAUCUGCCGUGCGCAUGAACCGCACGACUGACAGAGAGCUCAAAGCCUUCUGCCUGGUGUGCUCCUGCAGCCACAGCAAGUUCUGCAGCGGCAAUAUGCUGUCCGCCAUCUGCAGGAGCGCGGGGUGGGCCUGCGAUCCUCACUUGCAUCUCUCCCCGCCCUCCACACCCACUCCUCCCACCUCCAUUGCCCUGCUCCUCCCGCCGUCCCUGCCCACUCCGUUCCCACCCCGAUGCCCUGCCGUUUUCCCCCCCUCUCCGCGCGCCCAGCUGGCGGGCACAGCAGCAGCGCCGCCCGAGGUGGCGUGGGUGCGGGGGCUGGACGCGCAUGCGGCGCCCCUCAAGGAGUUCUCCGUCACCUUCUCUGAGGCCCUGCGCAACUUCUCCGUCACCUUCUCUGAGGUCCUGCGCAGCGUGCGUGCUGUGCUGCCGUGGUUGGUGGGAUACAAGCCCCUCGAGGAGUUCUCCGUCACCUUCUCUGAGGCCCUGCGCAACGUGCGUGCUGCGUGUGGUUCUAUGGGUGUCGUGCUGCCGCUGGGGGUGCGGCUGUGGUCGCACAACCAGAGGGAGAAGUCCCAGGGCCGGGUGCCAGUGAUUGACCCUUUCUCGCGUGAAACACAGCCAUCAGCAUGCCACGGGGUGCCUUUAGGAGGCAUCGGGGCGUGCAGCAUUGGCCGGGGGUUCCAGGGGGAGUUCAACCGAUGGCAGUUUGCAGCGGGGCAGUGCGAGGACGCCCCCGUGGAGGCCGAUCAGUUCUCCGUGUUCAUCACGAGGCAGGCAGAGAGCCCAGCAGACCAACCCCUCAAGUUCUCCUCUGUGCUUUACCCUGGCGUGCCCAAGGGCGUGCGGAGGAAGGCGAGUGGGUCGGGGAUCGAUGCGUGGGGUUGGAACAUGGAUGGCUCGCGCAGCACCUACUAUGCUCUCUUUCCCCGCGCCUGGACCGUCUAUCAAGAGCCAGACCCUGAGAUGACCAUCUCGUGUCGCCAGGUCUCUCCCUUUAUACCCAACAACUACCAGGAGUCCUCCCUCCCCUCCUCUGUCUUCGCUUUCACUGUAGCUAACACGGGCACGACAGCAGCUGAGGUCACACUCGUCUUCUCCCUUGCAAACUCCAUAGGGGGGGACUCUGCAGCAACCGGCGGCCAUCUCAACACUGCCUUUGAGAUGGACAGGGGCAUCAAAGGCGUGAAACUGCAGCACAGGUCCUCCAAAGUGGGCGGCCCAGUGACUCUAGCCAUUGCAGCACGAGGGGGGAGUGGCGCCACCAACACUGCUCCUCCCUCUGCCACCUCUGCAACUAUGUCCUCUCCCAUCGCUGCUGACUCAGCCAACGGGAUCGCUGACCCAGCUUGCAGAGCUGCUGACUCAACAAAUGGGAUUGCUGACAGCGGGACUGACGAAGUUCGGGUGUCUGUUUGCCCGCACUUCGUCCUCUCAGGCCCCUGCAAGGGCCUAUCAGCUGCUGACAUGUGGCAGCACCUUGAGAAGACCGGCACCUUCCCCCCCCACCACGAGUCAGCCCUGGCAUCGCACCCCUCGUUCCCCGGCACGGCCAUCGGGGCAGCAGUGGCAGCGUCAGUGUCGGUGGCGCCUGGAGCCACUCGCCACGUGGACUUCACGCUGUGCUGGGACGUGCCUGUUGCGCGCUUCAACCCGGAUAGCCACUACCUCAGGCGCUACACGCGGUUCUACGGGCACCAUGGGAUGGCAGCUCACCUGCUGGCCCGCGACGCUCUUUUGGGGUACAGCAACUGGGAGACGGCCAUAGAUGCAUGGCAGCAGCCCAUUCUGCAAGACGACUCACUGCCUGAAUGGUACCGAGUGACGCUCUUCAACGAGCUCUACUUCCUCACUGCAGGCGGCACCGUGUGGACGGUGUCAAUCGCCAGCGAUUCAUCCUUGUUGUUUCCCCAUGCACCACCCCACAACCCCCCUCCUUUCCCCCCCUCCCCCUGCCUCCUGUCCCCUACAGACGGAGGGCCACGGCUGGAGGAGAGGGAGCAGCACGAGUGGCUCAAUCCACAAGACCCCUCCCACUCCCUCGCUCGCUCCGUGCUUCUCUCGCCCUUGCCCUGCAGGGCGCCCCUCCCCCCCAGCCUGCCCAAGAACCUCCUCCCCCUCGACUCGCCCGCACUGCCCGCGUCCACCCUGCCACGAGCCUCCUCUGCGCCCAUCACGCCUGCCCGCCUGCUCUCCAGCACGUCCACCCUGUUCAGCAACAUGGCCAUUGGUCUCUUCCCCGCCUCCCCCAUGCCUCUCCCCACAAGAAAGCCUGCUGCUGGUGUUGCUUCCGGUGGUGGCCUGUCUGCGUCGUCGUCCCUCACUCCGCCUGUUUUCGGCCCUUCUCUUUCCAGUAUCCUAUCUCUAAGUCCUCAGGUGAAUCCUCAGGUAGGUCAGCGAGAUCUGCGAUCUGGGUUGUCACUGAAUGAGGCUGAUUUUGCUGCCCAAAGUCCGCUGGUGGAUUUUCAGGCAGGUAAGCGGGACCUGCGGUCUGGAUCCUCAUUGAAUGACGCUGGGUUGGCUGUGGGGUUUAUGGGGUCUAUUGGGUCUAUUGGGAGGAUAUCGGAGCGACAGGAGGAAGAGGAGGACGCGGAAAGGGAGGGGGGAGGAGAGGGGAGGACGAACUAUGGUGUUGGCUCUAUGGUGCUGGAUUCAACACGCAGUGAUGUGGGUGGGGCAACAGCAGGAGGAGGAGAGAGAGGGUCAAGUGGCGCACAAGGUGCAGAAGCUGUUUUCGAGGCGCUUCAAGAAGGGGCAUCCACCAGAAGCAGCAGCAACAAUGCGGACACACCACAGUCUGCAAGUCGAAGCAGCGACACGACUUCCGCCUCCGCUCCCUCUCCCUUCUCCCUCUCAUCCACCCCACCACAACCCCGCACCUCCCUCACACCACCGCCCCGCCCGUCCCUCUCCCUCGCAUCAACCCAGCAACCCUCCUCCCACUUGCCCCCACCGCUCACCCCACACGAGAAGGCGCUGGACUUACCAGCCCCCAUGGCGGGGCGGCUGGCAGGGGGCCCUCUGGGGCCGCACGAGCACUACAGCUGGCGCCUCUACGACGUGCAUUUCUAUGCGUCCUUUGCGCUGCUCGCCCUCUUCCCGCUGCUCGAGCUCAGCCUGCAACGGGACUUCGCUGUUAGCACGCUGCUGCAGCAACGGCGCAUGACAAGGUUUCUAGCAGACGGGGCAUCGGGGGUGAACAAGACGCGCGGCAGUGUGCCGCACGACCUGGGGUGCCAUGACCCGUGGGUCUUUCCCAACGCAUACAACAUCCAUGACACCGCACAGUGGAAGGACUUGAACUGCAAGUUUGUUUUGCAGGUGUGUCGGGACUACAGGGCGACGGGCAACGUGCGGUUCUGCAGGGCGGUGUGGGCGGCGGUGGUGGCGGCAAUGGAUGCGGUGGAGAGGUUUGACCGUGAUGACGACGGGCUCAUAGAGAACGACGGGUUCCCCGACCAGACCUACGAUAACUGGCCGGUGCACGGAGUGAGUGCGUACUGUGGCGGCCUGUGGCUGGCAGCGCUGCAGGCAGGAGCAGCCAUGGCGGAUGCAGUGGGCGAGGCCAAGUACGCCCAGUACUGGCGACGGCAGUGUGAGCGGGGCAGGGAGGCGUUUGUUGCCAAGCUCUGGAAUGGCAGGUACUUCAACUACGACAGCGGCAGCAGCAGCAACAGCAACUCCAUUCACGCGGAUCAACUCGCAGGCCAGUGGUACCUGUGGAGCUGUGGCCUGCCGCCGCUCUUUGACUCAGCCAUGGCAUGCAAGGCUCUCCAGAUGAUCUUUGAGUACAAUGUGAUGCGGCUGGAGGGGGGCAGCAUGGGGGCCGUCAAUGGCAUGCGACCCAACGGCCAGGUGGAUGACACGUGCUUGCAAUCGCGGGAGGUGUGGACAGGUGUCACGUACGGAUUGGCUGCCACAAUGAUCUACGAGGGGAUGCACUCACAGGCCUUUCGCACGGCACAGGGCAUUCACCAGGCGGGCUGGGAUGAGCUAGGGUGA